GGCGGGACGGGGCGGGCCUGCCGCUCCGCGCUCUGGUGCCGCCAGCGCCCGCCGCGCCCAGGGGGAGCCGCUUCGCCGGGGCCGGUGUCCUUAAGAGGUGGAGCCUGUCUGACUUGUUCUCCUUGUGGAUGAUCUGGAUAGCGAAUCUACUCAGCCAUGUCAUACGGUGCCGGAUUUGGGGAUCCUAAUCAACUAGCCCAACGCAUAACUUCUAACAUCCAGAAGAUCACACAAUGCUCUGCUGAAAUACAAAGAAUACUCCAUCAGCUUGGAACACCACAAGACACGCCUGAGUUGAGGCAACAGCUGCAGCAGAAGCAGCAAUACACCAACCAGCUUGCCAAAGAAACUGACAAAUACAUUAAAGAGUUUGGAUCCUUGCCUGCAACGAGUGAACAGCGUCAAAGAAAAAUACAGAAAGACCGUCUGGUGGGGGAGUUCACCACAGCGCUAACAAAUUUCCAAAGACUCCAAAGGCAGGCUGCUGAGAAAGAAAAAGACUUUGUAGCGAGAGUAAGAGCCAGCUCAAGGGUGUCUGGGGGUGCUCCCGAAGACAGCUACAAAGAAGGAACCCUUGUCUCUUGGGACAGUCAACCACAAGCACAAGUGCAAGAUGAAGAAAUUACAGAAGAUGACCUCCGUCUUAUUGAGGAGAGGGAAUCUUCCAUUAGGCAGCUUGAGGCAGAUAUUAUGGACAUCAAUGAAAUUUUUAAAGAUCUAGGAAUGAUGAUUCAUGAACAGGGUGAUAUGAUAGACAGCAUAGAAGCCAAUGUAGAAAAUGCAGAUGUACAUGUGCAGCAAGCAAACCAGCAGCUCUCAAGAGCAGCAAACUACCAGCAAAGAUCCCGAAAGAAGAUGUGCAUCCUCAUUAUUAUACUUGCUGUUGUAGUAUUGGCUAUUGUAAUCAUCAUAUGGUUAACUGUAAGAUCAUAAAAUCAUUAAGGUUGGAAAAAACCUCUUAGGUUCAUCAAGUCCAACUGUCAAUCCAACACCACCAUGCCCACUAAACCAUGUGCCACAUCUACACAUUUUGUGAACAUAUCCAGGGACGAUGACUCCACCACUUCCCUGGGCAGCCUGUUCCAAUUCCUGACCACAGUAAAGAAAUUUUUCUUAAUAUCCAAUCUGAACUUCCCCUGGUGCAACUUGAAGCCGUUACCUCUCAUCCUAAAUAAGUGUCUGGAGAAAGCAUUGUAUUUAAAUUAUGAAAGGAAAUUCAUAGUCAUCAUUUGCUCAUUGUGAAGCUGAAUAAAAUAAUGGUUCUGUCCUUCAUCACACUUACUUUUUUAUAAGACUUUUUGUUUUAACCUGAGAAGUAACAUUUUCAGUAUUACUGUCAUUGUAACUGUCUGCCAUCUUGCAUAUGAGUGCCAGAGAAAAACAAUCAAAUCAUACACUGUUCCAAUAGCUUAAACAUGAAAACCUCUUAAGGGGUAAUCAAACUCCUAAUAAUUUGUUUUGAAGGGGCAGUUAAAUAUCUUUUGAGAUAUUGCUAAAUGUUGCUGCCAAAACAAACUUCUGAGUUGUUGGUUGAGGCAACAAAUUCACAUCUCAGAAUUUAUUUUAAGUUAGAAAUGUCUUUCUGUCUCUUUUCCUUCGAUCCCACUCAUCUGCCCAUUUGAUGUGGGUGGUUCAAAAAUAAAAUGUAGGCUUCUGAAGUUGGUGCGACCUCUCUUUUAUAACUGAAGCUUUUGAAUUAUGCCUUCAGUUUGCCUGAAAUCUUUUAACUGCUUCCUAUAUUUCUGUGUCUGUCAUUGAGUAUGGUUAUGCCUGGGAAGCGCCUGCAAAGGUAGGUAGGGUGGAUGAGGUGAUUAUGUGGAUUGUUUGUUUGAGUUUUGGCAUCAAUACUGUGUUUUAUGUGCACACAUCUGGUGUGUUUGUGUGCAUCAAUGAGCUUGGCUAGAUGAAAAUAAGCUCUAGUCUGUGAAUUCUUAGAUUUACUGGGAAGAAUAGAAAUUCCCAACUUCUUAACUGUGUUUGAAUGCCACUGUUCUGAAACUGCUGUAAUUCAGUUUCCAUGAACAGAUCCAAAGUUGUAUGUGAGGUCUUUCAUACAGCUGAAGAAAAGAAGAUUCCAAGUUCAAUUCCAAGUUCAACAGUGGUAUUUGAAAUUAAGUUGAAAUCAGUUGAACUGAUGCAAACUGUUCAAGAUGUUUGAUGCUUAUAGCCUUUAAAAUGACCUUUUUCCUUUGGUGCCAUUUUGUACUAAUAUAUUAAAAAUGUAACAACACCUUUUUGCCAAUUAAUCUAUUUCCUUUUUUAAUUGACCUUGAACUAAUCUGAAAAGUGUACAGAUUAAAAAGUCUCUUAAUCUGUAUUUUAUAAAUUCUUCUAUGCUAGACUGAUAGGGAAUAAACUGUUUACCUGGUGAGCUAUGAAAUACUAUUUGGGAAAAAUCUUAACUGUAAGCAUACAGGGACUUCAGAAUUGUAACAGUGCAACCAAAAUAAAGCUCUUUGAAAGAG